UCGUGCUCAGCCGAGCAUAGUGCCUUGCUCAAGGCCAAUCAACGUCGCGAGGGGUAUCUCGCAUCUGGUCUGGGUGCGGUUCUAUGCGCCCGACAUGGCUUGGUCCGAAAAAAUGGGGCGGGUGAUCUGCAGCUGGGCGAGGGAUAUGCAAAUAUGGAUUACCUUUAUUUCUCAACGCUCCUUGGUGUCAUAUUGGUAAUUCUAAUCUCAUAUGACAUUGUUUGCCAGUGGUACAAGAACUUGUUUUCCCGCAUAAUUGAAGACUUCCCAGAAGACAUG